AUGGUAGGUUUUCGUAAAUUUAGAUCCUGUUUAGAUAAUCUGACACGGUUGGUUUCCUACAUUCAAACUGGUUUUUCAAAAAAUUUAAUAACUGCUGCAUGCUUCGUCGACAUAGACAACGCAUACAAUAAUGUAGACUUGGCAUGUUUAAUCAAAGUAUUGGAUAGCUAUGGGGUUGGCUCUCGGAUUUGCUUGUACCUUUGGGCGUAUUUAAAAAAUAGACGAUUGCACGUUGACGUUGAUGGUGUCGAUAUAUCUAGAACCACCGGUCGUGGUUUAGCUCAGGGAGAUCCACUUUCCCCGCUACUAUUCAACAUAGCAACCUCAAACAUAUGUAAAAAGAUACAAAAUGUUGAAAUCUUGCAAUACGCGGAUGAUUUUGUUUUAUACAAAUCAGAUAAAAAGAUAGGUAAUGCAGCAGUACAAUUACAAAAUGCCUGCCUCGACCUGAGUUCAUUGCUAUCAAACUUAGGGCUUGUGAUCUCACCGACUAAAAGUAAAAUCUGCAUAUUUAGGAAAGGUUAUUCCAGAGAUACUAUUGAAUUCCAAAUUGAUAACUUCUCUCUUGCUACUGUCAACCAGGUGAAAUAUCUUGGUAUGUGGUUGGAUGGUUCAUUAAGAUGGAGAAAACAUAUUAAUGAGACUGUCUUAAAGGUAUCCAAGUUAGUAAAUAUAUUAAAGGUACUAGUCGGACGGGGAUGGGGUCUUCAUCAAAAACAUGUAAGACGUUUAUAUAUAUCUCUCAUCCGAAGUAGAUUGGACUAUGGUAGUUUCUUAUAUGACAAUAGUUGUAAAACGUACUUAUAUAAACUCGACAAAGUCCAGAACCAAGCGUUGCGGGUUAUAGGAGGCUUUAUCCGGAGUACUCCAAUACACACAAUGGAGAGUGAAUUACACUUACCACCACUUCAAUAUCGUCGGCAAUACUUGGCUUGUAAAUUCGGGUUAAAAGCUAAAACGUUUAAUAAUAAUAAGACAAUUACCGGUGUGCAGGAACUAUCGGAGAGUACACAUUCUUCUUAUUGGACCAACAAACGACGUCCCUUACUCACAUCUAUUUUCCAAUCCUUAGAUUCGAUGGUGCUACAUUCGUGUAACCAGUUAGAGAUGUAUUCAUUGCAAACAUGGGUCAGCAGUAUAGAUUUAUUGCGGGUGGUUUGUGAUUCCAUCCCAUCAGUCAAUAAAGGUAAACAUUUGUAUAAACCUUGUGACCUGCGAAACACUUGUGUCAAUUUUGUAGAUCAACGAUACGACAGAUAUCAUAAGAUUUAUACAGAUGGAUCCAAGGACGGACGAGUUGGUGGUGCUGCAUUUUUCGACCCAUUCAACGACUGCGGCAUCAAAAUUAGGAUUGAUUCCAAUAUUUCUAUAAUGCACAUUGAGUUAAUCGCUAUAGCAGAAGCCUUAUCAUACGUUCAAUCUAUUAAGUAUGAUAAAUUCGUGAUUCUGACUGAUUCUAAAAGCUCCUUGCAACAUUUGGCUCGAUGUACCUCGCACAUGCGAGGUAAUCCGAUAGCCUAUCAAAUAUUGGAGUCAAUCCUAAAUUUUCAAUCACUAAGUAGGAAAAUUGUUCUGCAAUGGAUUCCCUCACAUGUUGGUAUUGGGGAGAGUGAUAUUGUGGACCAAUUAGCAAAAGAGGCAUGUUGGAAUGGCAUUGCAUUAGAAGUAUUGCCUUUACAUACUGACUACACCAGAGUCGUAAAAGAGAAAUGUCAUAUGUGUUGGCAGGAAUAUUUUGAUGAGAGAUCGAGAGAGAAGGGUAUUUGGUACCGUACAAUACAGCCGCAAGUGCCUAAAUACCCAUGGAUCGAAAACGUGGAACUUAAUAGAAAAGCUUUGGUAACUGCCUUAAGGUUGAGAACAGGUCAUAUAGCUUCUAAGAAAUUCGCAUUUUUAAUGGGAAAAGUCUCAUCUCCCAACUGUGAGGACUGCUGUGUAACCGAUGAUAUAUUACACAUUAUUUUUGAAUGUGUAAGGAACAGAACUUACAGGGAACAUUUAGGGGUCUCGAGAGGUAUGAAUAUCGGCCUUUGUAAUAGUGUUCUGGCUAACCCUGUGUCGGUUGAAGCCCGGAAAUUAUAUAAAUUGGUAGAGAUGUGUCUAUGUUAG